UUCUCUAUCAGGGUGAUUUUAGGUGAUUUGCCUAAAUUUGACGAAUUGUCUGAGUACCUUUUCUUUAUUAUGGAGUCUAAUCACAGAAAGUCAUGUGUAACGUCGAUAACCAAGCAUUAUUUUGUCACGUUUUACCACAAUCAUGAAACCUGGAAAAUUGGAAAUUCAUUAAAAAUUUAUCGACAUGAUUCCAAAUCUGGCAUUAACAACAAACAAUUUUUCAUUGCCACAGUUAAAAGCAUCAACAAAAAGCUGGAUUUUAUAUUGUUAAAGACCGAUAAAGAAAUAAACAACCAUAAGCCGUUUUAUUGCAAGCCUCCGUUUAGAAGUUUGCCUGUUGGUUACUAUGGAUAUGGAAAUGACUUUAACACUCUUUCUUACUGUGAGGGUGUUAUACACGCUGAUGAGUUACAAACUUUUCUGGAAAAAGGCGUCGUUCAUGGUCCUUUCUUGUUAGGGACUAUCAAAUCAACAGGAGGCGAUUCAGGAGCGGCUGUCUGGAGUCCUGAGGGUCUUGUCGGUUUGAAUCUAGGUUUUGUCGAUUUUACUGCUAACACUGGCAAGUCUGCACUUUCAAUGGAACUGCAACUAGCCCACUUUGAUAAAAAAAACUACAUUGUUACUAUUGACCGUAUAAUGGAGCAAUUAAUGGUUUGA